UUCACCUUCGCCGCGUUCUGCUACAUGCUCACCCUGGUGCUGUGCGCCUCUCUCAUCUUCUUUGUCAUCUGGCACCACGUCCCAUCUGGCCCGAUCCCCAUGUGUGAAUCUUAUGCCACAGAAGAAUGCGUGGGGGGCCAUAAGCUGCUGCCCCAACCCUGACGGGCACACGCCCCUCCCCCAGAUCAUAGCCUUUGACGAGCUGCGGACCGACUUCAAGAACCCCAUCGACCAGGGGAACCCAGCGCGGGCACGCGAGCGUUUAAAAAACAUCGAACGCAUCUGCUGCCUCCUGAGGAAGCUGGUGGUCCCAGAAUACUCCAUCCACGGCCUCUUCUGUCUGAUGUUUCUGUGUGCAGCAGAGUGGGUGACCCUGGGCCUCAACAUCCCCCUCCUCUUCUACCACCUCUGGAGGUACUUCCACCGUCCUGCGGAUGGCUCUGAGGUCAUGUAUGACGCGGUCUCCAUCAUGAAUGCUGACAUCCUCAACUACUGCCAGAAGGAGUCCUGGUGCAAACUCGCCUUCUACCUGCUCUCCUUCUUCUAUUACCUGUACAGUAUGGUUUAUACGUUGGUGAGUUUCUAAGGGGGAAGCCGGCCAGGGAGCGAGCCCAGAACGGACCGGACGCCUGUGCACCCCCAGCCCUGCCCCUGGGCCGCAGAGGCCUCAGCCCUGGGGAGGGAGGGGGCACUGGUGCCCCCAGCCUCCUCUCCCCCACCCCCAAACUGCUGCUGCGGGGACUUCCCGCCUUCAGAGCCCCCUCCCCUUGGACUAGGGCUGGGCAGAGCUCUAAAUAGGGGCAGGAGCUCCUCUGCCAGCCUGUGGGCAUGGCAGUCAGUCCUGGAAGGGGCGGCACCUCCGGCCUUGUCCACUUCAGAGGGCACCUAGGCCCUGCCACGGGGCAGGGCUUGACCCUGGAAGUUCUGGGCCGCCCCCUCCACCCCCCCCCCACCCUGGGGCUCCCCCUGCAGGUGGGGCGGUACCCACACCGGGAAUGAGCAGGCUCAGCAGGGGGGCAGCCCCACCCCUAGUCUGCCCUCCCCCCUCCCCCAGGCUUUCUCUCCAGACCCCUCCCUGUCCCCCCUUGCCCCAACCCCAGCCACCCUGUCUCUUGGACCUAUUUUCUAUGUUGCCUGGAGGAGUCCAGCACCCCCUCCCCGGCCAUUUGUGACAAAAUAUGAAUAAACUACUGCAAACACGUGG